AUGGCUAAUACUUUCAAGUAUUAUCCUGAAACGAUGGGUAAUUCUAGUGGUUAUCCAAUUAGUUUGCCUUUUCCGAAAGGUUCGGCUACUUCUGCUGUUAAUGUUGCUAGGCAACUGCCUAAAUAUUUAGGUCAUGUUCCCUCGCAAUCAGUUCAUACUCAGUUGCCAUCCAUGGCUUCUUUAGGUUACUUCAAUCAGCCAAGUUCUACUUACUAUGCUCCUCCUGCACCACUUCAACAGCACCAGCAACCACCUAUCCUUCCCCCUCCGGGCCUAAUGUACACUAGUAACAAUAACAGCAACGUUAUUCCUCCUCCUGUUCAAAUGAUUCGGGAUGGACAACAACAACCACAACAAUCUAACCAAGUAAAUGGGGGCGUCAGUGAGAACUUGGACUACGAUAUUUCUAUAAUGUCAAAAUUUAUCAUGGAAAAUGCCUUUGUUGCCUUCAACGCGAACUAUAGUACUGAUGACCAGACCACUGAUCUUUUUUUCAAGGGCAUAUCUUCUGUGUUGAAUGCCACGAGAUUGCCUUCAGCUACUAUUUUUUUGGCUAUAGAUUAUCUUUUCAAGUAUAUCAAUAAAUUAUCUAAUGGGAUACAUUCAAUUGGUGGCAAUUCGAUCAAUAUCAUUUAUCAAAAUACUAUGAUUGCGUUCAUAUUAGCAAACAAGUUCAACGAUGACAAAACUUUCACCAAUAACUCAUGGUCACAGGCAACAGGAAUACUGAUAAAUGUUAUCAAUGAUUUCGAGAGACAAUGGUUGAGAAUAUUUAACUGGGAAUUGUAUGAUAGUGCUUUUCUUUAUUUUGAGUUCGUCAAGAAUUUUGAGAUUUUCAAGCAAAAUCAACUCAAACCUGCUGUAGCGGUUCCUACGUUAUUAUCUCCAAUUGUCAACGUUGGUGAUACGAGAAACGUAAAUUUCAACUUGAAGCCUACUUCCACAAACAACCUAUUAUCUCCAGUUUCCAAUUAUGAAACCCCCAUGCUGAUGCCGCAUAACAUGUUUUCAUCACCAUCUUAUCAGAGUAACUCAAGGUCUGAAUUUUCUAGUAUGAAUGGUUAUUAUAACUAUUACAACUAUAAUCAGCCAAGAUUGAAUUACUAUCAACAAUUCCCCAAUAUAUAUUCUUCACCAAUUUCGGAAACUCAGUUUGAUUACGACUUCUACAAUUUCAGUAGUCAACAACAACAGCAACAACAAAAACAACACUCACUUUUACCUGCCGCUCCACAAUUACCUCCCCCUCACGUCCAUAAUCAGUCUUACGGUCAUCAUCUUGGCUGGAAGUCAAUGGAUGACACAAUAAAUCAUUCAAGAUUUGAGCGAAACUACUUUCCGUAUUCGGCAGUGUAUUAG